CACACGUGCAUUUGGAAGCAGCGCGAGCGGCUCGGCUGUUUUCAACUAAAGAAAAACAAAAACUUUACUGUUUUUUUCUUCCGACUUUUGGCGUCUCAUAACGGCCCCAGAGAGCACUUUUUGUACGGCAGUGUUCGCGCAGCAUCACGGUUUCUACCGGUUGUGAUUUUGCUCCUGGUUCUCUGUCCGAACCCGCGUCCGUGCCGGUCUCUUGACAACCAGCCGUCAGGGCCGACGCCCACCGCCGCGGCGGCCCCUAGGGCGGGCUGCGGCCCGUGCCAAGCCGACCUGUGCCCGGCGACGCGCGGCUGCCGCGCUGGCGUGGUCUCGGACCGCUGCGGCUGCUGCUUGGAAUGCGCCAAUCUGGAGGGGCAAGCCUGCGACCCGGGACGCACCAACGUACGCUUUGGACUCUGCGGGGCCGGACUUCGAUGCCAAGCGGACCCACGACCCGCUGGAUGGGGACGGGACCACGAGGAGGAAGAAGAGGAUGAAGAACAAGUGUGCGUUUGCGAGGAGCGAGAGGCGGUGUGCGGCAGUGACGGAGUGACAUACGCAAACAUGUGCCACUUCAAAGUAGUCGCAUUCUCGGACCCCGAACUGCACACCAUGGGGAGGGGCCCCUGCAAGACUGUUCCGGUGAUCAAAGUGGGCCCUAAAAGUCAAGUGAACGGGAGCGGUAGCCAUCUUGUUUUCCUGUGCGAGGUUUUCGCCUUCCCAAUGGCGGCAAUAGAAUGGCGCAAGGACAAACAAGGCGGUGGUGACAUACCGAACAAGGACGGAGGAGACGACCAUGACGAUGUCAUCCUGCCCGGAGAUGACCCACACAUCUCUGUGCAGAGUCGCGGCGGUCCUCUGCAGUUUGAGCUCUCCAGUUGGCUGCAGAUUGAAGGGGCGGAGCCUCAGGACUCUGGAACCUAUCACUGCAUUGCCCGUAACAGCCUCGGCUCUUCCUCCGCCUCGGCUGCACUCGGGGUCCUGCCAGCCGAGGAGCUGUCAUCCUACUUGGCCAAUCACGUGUCCGUCAUGAAACAGCUGAGUGACGCUCUGGACUACGACCGUGACCUCUAUUGAUGAUGAUGACCUAUCUUCCUCCGGAUCACCAUGCAUUUUUUAAAAGCUCUUAUAGUUUACAUCGGAAAAGAUACAUUGUAGAAAUACAAAUAUAGAUGAGGUUAAAUGGGAUGCUGAUUUGUAUUCUGAAUGACAACGUGAUUGAUCGAUUGUGAAGAGGCGAAGCUUGCGCAUCAAAUCCCAGCAACACAAAACAUAACAAAACAAAAUCUAAAUAAAGCAAUUGUUACAGACUGAAGUCAUAA